CCUUUACAAUAAUAUACAUCAUCCAAGCAAGUUGGCUGUUGGAGCAGACUUUUAUUGCUUCAAACAUAAAAUUGAACCAAAAUGGGAGGACCCUGUUUGUGCUAAUGGAGGAAAAUGGACUAUGAAUUUCCAAAGAGGAAAAUCUGAUACCUGUUGGUUGUAUACGUUGCUGGCAAUGAUUGGAGAACAGUUUGAUCAUGGAGAUGAAAUUUGCGGAGUUGUCGUGAAUGUCAGAGGCAGGCAAGAGAAGAUAGCCUUAUGGACCAAAAAUGCUGCAAACGAGGCUGCUCAGAUGAGCAUUGGGAAGCAGUGGAAGGAAUUUCUUGAUUACAAUGACACCAUGGGGUUCAUAUUUCACGAGGAUGCAAAGAAGCUUGAGAGAGCUGCUAAGAAUCGCUACUCGGUAUGAAAUUUGCUGGUUGUUCAGCAUUCGCCACAGGAAUUCUAAAUGUUGGAUUCAUAUCCGAACCUUAGAAUGACUUGUACUUACCUUCUUUCCGUAAUAGGAUAGUUUUCUCAGGCUAUUAGGAUAGUUGGAUAAAAGCAAUGCUGCACCUUUUCUCUUCAUAUCCUAGUUUGGGAAUUCAUGCCACCAAAAAUUGCCGCUUUAUUCUGGUUUAAUCAAAGAUUAAUGUUGUCAAUAGUUUCUCGGUCGAAAGAGUUUUCUCUUCAUAUAUCCUAUUUGAAUGGUUACUAAAAUGUAAUAACCUGGGUGCAAAUCUGGAUACUGGGAUGUAUGUUUUCUUUCUGCAGGUCACAGAGUACAUAAUUGCAAAUUUUUCUGAUUUAUGCAUUAAAAA